AUUGUUAGGCUCUCGCAUGGAAUGACUCUGAUUUUUCUUUUUUAACCAGGAUUGAUCGUAAGAUGUCAAGUGCUCACACCAACUACAAACUGGAUGAGGCCCAGGCGAUAAUGAGUGAGCUCCGGACCAUCAAGAAAGCCAUUUGCACAGGAGAGAAGGAGAGGCGGGACCUGAUGCAGAGCCUGGCCAAGCUGACCGAUGGCUUCAAGAACAGCUUUUCUCUUAGCGACCCUCCGCAAGAGUUCCCUCACAGUCCAGGUGUGCUUGGCGAUUCCUUACCUCAACAGUUCUGCGAUGCUGGGUCUCAGACUGACAUCAUUGGAGAGUUUGUCUUUGAUGAUAAAACAAGACUUGUAGACCGAGUCAGGCUUAAUUGGCAGUAUGAGGAAGCCAGAAAGAGAGUGUCGACGAUUCAGCAGCAGCUGGCCCAGCUUGAUAACGAGUCGUGGCCGGGCCUGGCCGAGGCCGACAGGGACCGGCUGCAGCUCCUCAAGGAGAAGGAAGCCCUGCUUCAAGAGCUGCAGCUCAUCAUUCAGCAGAGAAGGCCGGUGGAAGACGUGGCCCGGCUGGAGGAGGAAAGGAGGCGCCUGGAGGAGGAGAUCCAGCGAGCCCGGGCCACGUCGGUGCAGGGCGCCACGGAAAGGAUUCUACUUCAAGAAAAAAGAAAUUGUCUACUUAUGCAGCUGGAAGAAGCUACCCGCCUAACGUCCUAUCUCCAGUCCCAGUUAAAAAGCCUGUCCGCCAGCACCCUGACUGUGUCUUCGGGGAGCAGCCGCGGGUCCCUGGCCUCCAGCCGGGGCUCGCUCGCCUCCAGCCGCGGGUCCUUGAGCUCUGUCAGCUUCACCGACAUCUACGGCCUCCCGCAGUACGAGAAACCCGACGCCGAGUGUGGCCAGCUUCUGCGCUUCGAUCUCAUUCCCUUCGACUCCCUGGGACGAGAUGCCCCCUUCUUAGAUUCCCCGGUCCCCUCGGGCUUCCACAAGCAGAGGCGCUCCCUGGACACGCCGCAGUCCCUGGCAUCCCUGUCCUCCCGCUCCUCCCUGUCCUCUCUGUCUCCCCCGAGCUCGCCCUUGGACACGCCCUUCCUCCCGGCCUCGCGCGACUCCCCCUUGGCCCAACUGGGGGACAGUUUCGAGGUGCCCGGCCUGGGCGCCCUCGACAGACUGCGGGCUCAGGCCUGUGCUUUGGGGGACGAAGACUUGCAGGGCACGGCAUCCCUUCAGCCGCACGGGUUCCCCGGGGAUGGGGAAGGACCUCGCGAGCGCGGACCCCAAGUGACCGCCGCUCCCACGGCUGCAACAGUGACUCUUCGAGAAGACAGUGCCAAGAGGUUGGAGAGGAGAGCGCGCCGAGUGUCUGCAUGCCUGUCGGAUUAUUCGCUAGCCAGCGAUAGCGGGGUAUUUGAGCCUCCGACCAAAAGGAGUGAGGAUACUGACGAGUCUGCACACGGAGACGCUUGUGGGAAUGAAGGGCCCCAGAUCCACGUUGGAUUUUUGCUCGACAGCGCCGGCGAGUGUCUUCUUGUGAACGUGCUCCAACUGAAGAAUUUUGCGGGGCUGGUCAUGAAGGAAGACUGCAAGAUACACAUCCGCGUCUAUUUGCCGCCGAUCGACUCUGGCACCCCAAACACUUACUGCUCUAAGGCUCUGGAAUUCCAGGCCCCCCUGGUAUUUAAUGAAAUUUUCAGAAUCCCUGUGCAUUCAAGCAUGUUGACGUUGAAGUCACUUCAAUUAUAUAUAUGUUCAGUGAAUCAGCAGCUGCAGGAAGAACUGCUGGGCAUUGCUCAGAUCAACCUGGCCGACUACGACGGGUCCAGCGAGAUGCAGCUGCGCUGGUACGCGGUGCAGGUGUUCAGCAGCUGCGGGCCGCCCAGGGCGAGGGAGAGCGAGCAGCCGGGGGGUGCCGCCGGGGACCCCGCACAAGCUGCCGCCGUGGGAAAGACGGACGCGGUGACGGCGCUGCUGGCCAGAACCACAGCCCAGCUGCAGGCCGUGGAGCGCGAGCUGGCCGAGGAGCGGGUGAAGCUGGAGUACACGGAGGACGAGGUCCUCGAGAUGGAGCGGAAGGAGGAGCUCGCCGAGGCCGUGUCCGAGAGGAGUUGGCAGGCCGACUCCGUGGACAGCGGCUGCAGCAGCUGCGCCCAGACCAGCCCCCCACACCCGGAGCCCUGCUGCGUUGGCGUCGACCCCCUCCAUGGACACGCAUUUGCUGGCCAGGCCGAUCCCUACAGCCCCAAGAAACUUCAGCCUCCACCUCUGAAGGUCGAUAAAGAAACCAACACAGAAGAUGUCUUCCCAGAAGAAGUAGCGAGUCUUCCGAAGGAGAGGCCCAGCCGCAGGGCUCGCGGGUCGCCUUUCGUUCGGAGUAGCACAAUUGUGCGUUCGCAGACCUUCUCCCCUGGGGCACGAAGCCAGUACGUUUGCAGACUUUAUCGUAGUGACAGCGACAGUUCGACGCUGCCCCGGAAGUCCCCGUUUGUCCGAAACACCCUGGAAAGACGGACCCUCCGCUAUAAGCAGCCCUGCAGGUCCUCCCUGGCCGAGCUCAUGGCCCGCACCUCCCUGGACCUGGAGCUGGAUCUCCAGGCCUCCCGAACGCGGCAGAGGCAGCUGAACGAGGAGAUCUGCACCCUGCGUGAACUGAGGCAGCGGCUAGAAGACGCGCAGCUCCGGGGCCAGACGGACCUCCCCCACUGGGUGCUGCGGGACGAGCGAUUCCGGAGCCUGCUGAAGGAAGCAGAGAGGCAGACAAGACAGACCCAACCUGACUUCCAUCAAGAACAGGCAGCUGAGAAGAUGCUGAAGAAGGCCUCCAAAGGGGUCUGCCAGCUGCGUGGGCAGAAGCGCAGAGAGCCCAUCCAGGUGCAGACCUUCAGGUAGGGAAGGCCGCAGGCCCCACUUGCUUGCUUUCCUUUCACUGCCAUACCUUCGCCGUCAUAGAAAGGGAGUAUUUUUAAAAAACCCACGGGCAGUUCAGAAUAAAACCAGAAUCCCCACUGCUAAGAGCAUUUUGACUUGUUCUUCUCUUGAUCCUUUUUGUCUAGACACUGGUUUUCUUCAUGCUGCUUGUCAUAAUGCGGCUUCGAGUUUGCAUUUUGCUUUUUUUUUUUAAUAAAAAUACCCUGUGUUUCCGCAUAAUCUGUUGUCUUUUUUGGCUGUAAUGUUUCAUCUAAGAUAUAAUUUGCCUAACUACUCUAUUUUAUAACCUUCCUUCCAAAUACUUGCUAUUGUGAACAAUAUAUAUCUAUUCACACGUAUUACCUUUGCCUUUUUACCUAACUUUUGAUUGAAGCAUAACAGACGUACAGGAAAGCGUGCAUUUUGUAUGUGUGAAGCAGUUCGGUGAGACGUCCCAACUCUGCACGGCAAGAAUCGAACACUGUCGGCGCCCCCCCCCCCUUGAUUUCCCACACCAGAAUAACCACAGUUUUGAAUUUGAAUGGCGUACGUUAGUUUUCCCUGUUUUUGUUUUUCGUGUGAGGAGAAUUAACAGCGACAUCUAGAUUCUUUUGU